GCUACGCUAAAGAAAUUCCUCCCUCAAUUUUCUUACAGGCAAUUAUUUUUCAAUUUUCUUUGUAAUAUAUUUAUAUAUAAUUCAGACUUCAGAGGGAUAUUCGACAUAUCAACCUUUGAAUUAAGAGACUAAGUUUCUCAAGUAAUUGUUAUCGUCACCAAAGCAGCCGAAAAAAGCCCUGCCUUGUAUUCCUCAACAAUUAAUGUUUGGUCAUCAAAUAAUACAAAUCAUUUCUCCAUUUUCUUCUACACAAUGGCUUUUCUGUCGUCUCGCAGAACCAUUCAUAUCUCCGUUCUCCUGAUUAGUGCUUGGCUAUGGCUGUCGUCGGAGUCUUCCGUGGCCGAGCUCCAGCGUUUUCAGCAUCCGGUGAAACCGAACGGGUCUCUCAGCUUUUUGGUGGUUGGAGACUGGGGAAGAAAAGGACUAUACAAUCAAUCUAAAGUUGCAUUUCAGAUGGGACUGGUGGGUCAGAAACUAGACAUAGACUUCGUGAUUUCGACAGGGGAUAACUUUUAUGAAGAUGGCCUGACGGGAGUAGAUGAUCCUGCAUUCAAUCAGUCAUUCACCGCAAUCUACACAGCCCCAAGUUUGAAAAAGCAAUGGUACAAUGUUUUGGGCAAUCAUGACUAUAGAGGUGAUGUUGAAGCACAAUUGAGUCCCAUCCUUAGAGAAAAAGACAAGAGGUGGCUUUGCUUGAGAUCAUUUAUUCUCAAAGCUGAGUUUGUAGAGUUUUUCUUCGUGGAUACGACUCCAUUUGUUGACAAGUAUUUCACAGAUCCAGGGGAUGAUGUCUAUGACUGGAAAGGUGUCUCUCCAAGGGAAGAUUAUCUUUCAAAUCUCCUCAAGGAUGUGGAUGCAGCAUUAAAGAAAUCUAAUGCAAAAUGGAAGAUAGUGGUCGGACACCAUACAAUCAAAAGCGCUGGACACCAUGGUGUCACUAAAGAGCUGGUCAAACAACUUGUACCCAUCCUUGAAGCAAACAGUGUAGAUAUGUACAUUAACGGCCACGAUCACUGCUUGGAACACAUCAGUGACAAAAACAGCCAAAUUCAAUAUUUAACGACUGGUGGUGGCUCGAAGGCAUGGAAAGAUGAUGUGCAUAGGUGGGAUCCAAAGGAACUCAAGUUUUACUACGAUGGGCAAGGAUUUAUGUCUAUGCAAAUGACUCAACGCAAAGCUCAUAUCGCAUUCUAUGAUAUUUACGGCAAAGUUUUACAUACAUGGAACAUCUCCAAAGAACUGCAUUCAGACGCUUAAUUAGACCAAUUCAAUCUAUAAAUCAGAGGGUUAUUGCAGAAGUUACUGCUUUUCAACUUCAAGAUAAGUAAGCCAAGUGCAAGAGAUUUGCAAAGAUAAUACUACCAGACAAAAGUUGAUUUCAGAAAGCAAAGUUCAGCUAGAGUUCUACAAAGGUGCUGCAAUUGCAGCCAGUUGGGUGAAACUGAAAUAUUCAAAUUCUAAGCUAAGAUUGUGCUCAAAAUAUUUCAUAUUCAAACCAUAUUUACUAAUGUAUAUUUACAACUACGUGUAAACAAUCCCAAAUUCACCUUUUGGUGAUUUACUAAAAGUUAAGAUGCUAGUGUUUUCCCCCAUGUCACUGGAUGCAAAAGAAGGAAAAUUACAUUGCAUUCA